AUGUCGGAUCCACUCCAAUGCCUGCGAAUCUCUUCAGUGCUGAUUGGAUUUUUUAACAUUCUCUACUGCUUGAUCCAAUUUGGCGUGCUCGGUUGGCAAGUGCAAGUGGUCAAAGAUCUCCAAUGGGAAUGGGAGAAUCGAGAAAUUCCAAGGAAUGGAAUGAUCGACGGGUUCCAAGCCCGAUUCCCAGGGCUGUACCAACUUUAUAGCGAAUAUCCGGAACGAAGGCGGGUCAAUGCAAUGUACGCAAUAGUGCUUAUCUGUUUGUUCAUAACAAUUCUACACUUUAUCUUUACCUUUCCUAUGAUCUACGGCUGCUGGAAACGUCGUCAGUCAUUCAUUUUUCCAUGGCUUUUCACAGCCGGCGGUUUGAUAAUUAUGGUCACAGCAUAUUCGGUAUUAUGGUGGAGCGGGGACGUUUUCACGGCCCAGCUGAUCAUGUCCGUUUCGGAAUUUGUCCUCACAUUAGCAUUCAACGGUAUUAUGUAUGUUGUCGUCAUCUUCUAUUACAUCCGUUUAAACGGUGGCUUGACCUCAAAUAAACCAAAACGACACUACGACAAAUAUCGAAAGGAAUAUCGAAUUGCAUAUGAACCUAAAAACGGGUUGCCACAAGAACAGGUGGAGGUCGUGAAAGUUGUGGAAAAAGUGGAAAAACUUCGCCCUGGCAGAAGACACCGAAGUCGCAGUAGAAGUCAUGGAAGAAAGAAGUAUCAUUCGACGAGUCGUGGUCGAACUGUUGUAGCGGAGGAAAAUACGAUACCACCAUGGCGUACUGAAUGGUCUCAAGCUCCACCUGAAACUCUUGGUCGCGAGUUGAGAAGGCAAAAUAAUCAAGAAAUCCGGACACAAGAAGAAAGACGACGCCGUUUAUAUGCAGAAAAAGGUAUCGAUCUGAAUGCUCCGGAAGCCUACGAUAUGGAAUUUCCCUGGAAAAUAGAGCCACCACGACCAAUGCGACGGCCAAGGGGAACGGCAAAUAUUAUUCGGGAGCUAUAUUACGAAGAUUUCCCAUCCGAACGAUCAUAUACUCGAGAAAGGCCUCCGCGAGGUCAACGCCAUAGAAGUUGGGAUGAGCUUCCCCCCAGCACAAGACCGGUAACCAGAACUGAUAGAACUUUUUCACGGCAAGAACCAAAAGUCUUCAUUGCCACCCCGUCAGAAUUAGCCUUCACAAAAUCACCCAUUGAGUCACAAGCCAUUGUU